CGGGAAACGUACAUGCAACUACAGGGAAAAGUCUCGUUUACAAAAAUCUUUAAUACGAUUUAAAUAAUCAUUGCACAUUCGGUAUGCAAUAUACGUUCACCAAAUACCCUGCUGCGCUAUUCUUUGCACACUUAAAGUAAACGAAGCAAUUUUAUAUAGAUAAUAUCUCUUAAUUCAAAACAACAAAUCACAUGCACGCAAUUUUAUAUAUCACUGUAUUCAGAGUCUUCUUUAAAUGGGUAUGGAAUCGCUGUCAUGGCAAGCUCAAGACACUGGCAAAUCAUUCUUAUUCAGAUCCUCUUCACUAAUCUUCAUUUAACAAUUCAAAACACUGAUCAAUAUGACAAGGUAACACUAUAUCAAUAUAUACGAUUCAACUUUACGUUCUCGUUCAUAUCUCGCUCCACGACACUUCAAAGCUAUAUAUUAAAAUGUAUAACAUUGUAAUAAUCUCUGUGCAUUUCGACUCUGCACUGUGUUCAUUCAAUUUUUAUCUAUUAACUAUAAUUGUAUAUUCUGUUCGACUGAUAUUUGAGUAUGAUGAUAGUUUAUAUACAGCUUUGUAACAUGCCUUACUCGAUAUUCGUAUACACUUUAUUUAGAAGCAGUAGGCUAUAUAGCACUAGAACAGUAUAGCUAGCGGAAGAAGUAGUUGUAGUUGUGGCAACAUUUUCACUAUAGUUAUCUAAGUUCGUAAUCUUGCUGUCACUUUCGACUAAAAGCUAACCUCCAGUCCGCAUUGAGACUUAUAUUGAAUGCAUUCUUAAGAACUUAUUAUUAAUAUUAUUAUUAUUAUAUUUGUUCUAAUGCCAAUAUCAGAGAUAAUUUGAUGAUCGUUCGAUCGGUGUGUGCAUGCAGCUGUGGGUGGCUAUAACGUCUAUAACAAUUCGUCUGCGUAGCUAUAACGACAUUAUACAUAUAGGCCCCUUAUAUAGUCCUUAUAUAUACAAACAUAACUUAGGUUAAGUUAUCAAUCAAUUAUAGCCCUUGAGAGAACAUCCUUCAGAUCCCCCUACUUCAACAGAAUCAUGCUCCCCUGGAAUGACCUAUACCCUCUGACAUCAAGUCACCAUCCUCCUUACAGUAUUUGAAGCCAAUUGAAACUUUUAUGAAAAUUACCUCAAUGAACUAAAGUCGGUCUUUGACAUUGACCACCCCGAAGAUAUUGGAAGACGUUUUGUGUGAAAUUCCGGUCAAACAAUAUCAAUUGUUUUUCGUAAUUUGUCUCAAGUUAUCACUUGUGCGUAUUAGUUGUUGUUCUUGAGUAACUUUUGUUGUGCGUGUAUGGUAUGUGUUAUGUCCGGCUUUAUUUUGUCUUGUUAUAUCCUUAGUGUUAAAGGGAUCGACUUAAUACGAGAUGUCAGUCUUGUUAUUUUAUUUCUUCAAUCAUUGUCUUUACAGUGUGUCUUUUCAGUUCUUUUCAGUGUAGUAUGAUUGUUAAGCCAAUAAAAAAUGUAUUCCAGUGGAACAAAAAAUGAAACACUUACAUGCAUGCACAUAAAAAACGCACAAUUUGUAACAAACCUGCAAGAGACUUGUACCAAUGCUGUCUCAACGACAACAUUGGGAUGUGUUCGCACUGUUUGUUCCCAGCUGGUUGACACAUUGUUAACGGCUUGUAGACAAUUCGCUAAAAUGUUGUUGAUCUAACAGACUUGUUACAAGUUCGGUUCCAACAACUUGUUAUCGUUCUGUAAUUCAACAAAUUGUUAACAAGUUGUGAUUAACAACAUUGUCUCAACUUGAUAAGAUGACAACAUUUUUACAUCUUGCUUGACAAGUUUAAUUGCUACAAGUAUAACUGAACGCAUGUUGCAUGCACAUCUUGUCAAGGGUGGGUUGACUACAAAAUUUUUGUAGUUCGCUAUAACUACAGCUACUUCAAAAAUAUGUAGUCAGCUACAACUAGUGCUACUUUUGAACAAAGGUAGUUCGCUACUGACUACAGCUACAGCUUAAAAAAUGUAGGCGGUAAGCGAACUAUUUCGCUAUUUCGCUACGCUAUAUUUUUUAGUUUUACUGUAUUUGGAGCAUCUAUACUAACUCAGACUGUAAUGUAACCUAUAACAAAUCGACUUACGACUGUUACGAGUAGCAACAGUAAACACAAAGCAACAUUAUUGUAAUCACUAGAGUGUUCAGGAGUGCAAUUGACUAUUUGAGUAUCCGAUUUUAAGCAAACCGUGUCUCAAUAUCAUGCUAUUCUGUCAAGUUGUUAACACUUUUUAAAAGUAGCGAAUAGCGAUUUGCUGUUUGAAAAGUAGUCAACUACUUGGCUACUUUUAGGCAAAAUGUAGUUCGCUAUAACUACAGCUACUGUUUUACAAAAGUUGUCAAAAACUACUGGCUACUUUAAAAUUGUAGUUCGCUACAGUAGCGAACUACUGUACAACUACUUCGCUACUACCCACCCUUGCAUCUUGUCCACAAGUUGUGAAAUUUUUACCGGCGUUGAUUGUGAGCUUGCAGCAUUCAAAUGGGAGGCUAUUGCCUUACGCGCAUUAUAGGUACCAAUAAAUCAUGCCAUGGAUGGCAAAACUGUUCAAAAUUCUAUUUUUAAUUUAUUAUUUUGAACUUAUACUAAAAUGGAAUAAGGUGUUCACAAAUCCAGUAAACAUAUUUUGCCAGUUUACGUGUUUAAUAUUUUUUUAGUAUAAUUGAUCGCCCAGCGUCGACGCGCUAAAAGUGGAACAUGUUACAGUUUCAUUAUAAUAGAUUGCAAAAGAUUAUAAAUUAUGGAUGAACCAAAGACUGAAAACCAUAUAUUUAUUUGUCGCCGUGCUAAUUUGGUUGUAGGUUUAUUUGUGCAUGCAUGCUUACAGGUGAAGUUAUGUCGCCAUGCAUAAAGUCCAAGAUGAGUUAAAGCCACUUUAAUUAAAUAGUUUCAAUCUGCACAAACUCAUAUUAAACAUAUCUUUACGAUGAAUUUGCGAAUAAAUUUGCUGUUAAAAUUCAAAGCCAAAUGGCAAAAGAAAUGAAAUCCUGGAAAUGACAGCAGUUCUAAAUUCUACUGAUAAAUUCAUGUUGCAUGCCUCAUAAUUAUUAACCCCAAUUUGCAACCUCACUAAAGUCCUUGAUUGAGCAGAACUCGUUUUUUGGCUUUGCGUCAUUUCAACGUCUAUACGUUGCUUUGCAUUUCUCGAGAUCUAAGAGGGACUAAGAGGUAAUGCAGAUUACAAAGGUUCUUUUCAUAAAUUUUAAUUGCCGUAUAAUUGCAACCCUACUGUAGACAUUCUGGCAUUCAAAUGCCCCCUUGCAGCGAAUAUAAUACAAACAAAUAAUGCGUUACUGGCACUCCUUCGGCUACGCCCAUCGGUUUAUAUUCAUGCCAAUCAUGAAAAUGCACAUAAUUUAUAUUAAUAGUUUUGAGUGCACUUUAGACAAGUGACUUUUUCAAGGACGAUCAAGUUUGAGUUCUUUAAAAAAAUUGCUCUUAGCAAUGCCAAUGGCCAAUCAGAAUUGUGUAAUUUUCCAAGUAGGCUAUACUAUAUUAUACUGGUAUAGAUCUGGUAAUAGCAUUUUUCAAGGUUGCUUUUAGGUUCAAGUUUUGAAUACCUUCAAGACCGAAUCUGAUAAAAAAAACAAUAGUUAAUAGCAAAAUGGCAAGUGGAAUUUCAUAAAAUUUCACACAACACUAUUAUCGCUAGCAUGCAUAUGCGAUAGCUCAAUUGGCAGAGCGUCAGCCUGGUUCGCUAAUUAUGCGAGUUCAACUCUCAUUUGAGACUACUCUAUAGACAACGCAGUGUUGUAGGAUUUGAAUAUGAAUAUAUUAUACCAUGAAUAUAUUAUACCAUGGCACAUGCAGAUAUGGCUUUGUAACUCCAAUAAUAGCUUCAGUUGACAUUCCACCAAGUCUAAUUAAAGCAUUAUGAUCUUGCAAAUACAAGUACCACAUGAUGGGUCAAACGACUGCAUGUCUGUAUCAUCAAAACGUAUGUUGGGAAAUAAAAGCCAAGCGAUUCAAAAUUGUUUUAGUAAGAAGCUUCAAUUAACUCAGAACAGUCUGUGCCAUUGUAUAGUCUCCUUAUAUUUUUCAGGUAAUUGCAUUCCUACCGACGAAACUAGCUUGCAAUAGUAAAGUGAAACUAGCUUGUAAAGUGUAUAAAUUAAAGAUAGACUUUAGAUAUACUUUCUCCUAAAUAUGGCACAGCAGUAGACGCUUGCAGGAUUCUCAGAGUUGAGCAUAAUCUCCGAAAUUAUACAUUUAUGUCUAUAGUAAGCAUGUCUAUAGUAAGCAUGAAUUAGGGUUAAGGUUUUUUUACGUUUCGUGCUAUAGCAGACAUAAAUUAGACUACAAUUAGCUAUAACCAAGAUUCCGACCUUGAAUGACAAUAACUUUUUUUCAUUGAAAGCAGUCAAUAUAGUUUUCUUCUUUUUUAUUUAAAUCUUCAAGAAACAUUAGACGGGCACCACUACAACUUGACACAUAUCCUAUACUGGAUACUUUUUAAGUGGCUUGCAAUCGACAACCAAACAGUCAUAUUACGAUAUUAUUUUUACCAAAAAUGUCAAGAGUGGUUAAUGGCACUUGAGCGACCCCCUCACAAGUAAUAACUGCACUUUCGCCACGCCCAUUAUGUUUGACAUUCUAAGUUCAUCUUAUCUUAUCUUAUCUUCAUACAGCUGAUUACAGUGUAUACGUAUAAGAUUUACACUAAUUACUCGCUGGGGCACGUACCUGUGCCUUGGCGAAUAUAGGUUUCGGCACGCAUUUUUAGUGGAUUUCUAGCCUCAAAAUACAAUAUUAAUGAGCUGCCAAUUUUUACCCAAAUUAUCCACAAGGCUCCUGCCAAAUUUUACCCAAAUUAUCCGUAUGUAACCCUAAGUUUUAAGAAAAAUUCAAGAAGUUUACUAAAAAAGCCAAAGCUGUUGUUUAUUUUAACCAGCAUGAAUAUGCUUACGUUCUGUUAAAACUGCUUUUUUACGGCAUUGAGGAUUCAAUAAACAAAAAGAAAGAAGUUAAUUGGAGUGGUAUUUCAUUAAAAUGCCAAAUAUUAGGCGGUCAAAAUGACAUCUGAUAUAGCCCGACAAAGACAGAAAUACAAAGACAGCGAUGCACAGGAACAAUUGUAUGAAAUAUAAACUCGUUAUAAACUGGAACGGUCUGUGCUAGCGUAGGUAUAGUGGCAAUAACACCAGAAAGCUGCGGAGUGAGAGAGAUGCAACAACCUGAAAAAUACAAGUAAAGCUUUGACGUUUCGUGCGAAGUCCUUCGUCGUGAGAGGGCAUUGUGCUAAACGUAUCUGCUAAGUGCUAACUAUGCUUUUAUAAGAACAGAGUAAAGACCAGGCACAGUACUAAAAUGCGGUGUUUUGCAAACAAAACUUUUUUGCGUUUCCGCCGCCUACAAGCUGUGCUACAAGUAAAGGCUAUAUUUAGUACGCUACAAUACAUUCCUCCUGUCGGCCGGCAUGCAUUUGUUCCGUACACUACGGUUAAAACUUUUAAUCAUUUCUAAAUUUCAGACAGCAACCAGAAACGACGUUUUGGACCCAUAUUGAUCGCUUACUCUCAAGAUAAAAAAUUAGCGCCACCCCUCUCUUGACGUAACAUGCAUACUGUAUCCUUAAUAAUCCAAGAUGGCGGCGAACAGCUCACUAUUUCAGUCCAAAUAUAUUUUAAACUAAGCAAGAUAUAAACAAUCUGUAAUAGAUUUAAUAUAUCGUUUUAAGAGUUCUUUCACAUGAAAUGAACUAUUUUUUAUCAUUUAUUAUUCAGCGUUUUUAUCACACAGAACCCCAAAAUUCCUCGCUUGGCAAUUCGACUGGGAAUUAGGCAUUAUUUUUGCAGGUUAGGUUGCCAACCCUAACCUGCAAACGGGCAUGUCCUGGGUACGGGAUUGCUUGAGCAUAAGCUUCAUAUUAUAUUAUAUAACAACGUUAAGAGUUCAAGGGCUUUCAUUGGUCGAGAGCCAUGAUCUAUUAGAGUACAGAUGCACGGAUUAUGUCACACAAAAAUUUGUUCUGUGCAACCAAUCACAACAUAUAGCAGUAACUUAAGGUAGCCAACAACAUUCCCUUAUUUGUAUAGAUCAUGUACGCGUGAUAUUUGUAAAAUUUCAACGUUUUCAAAUUUCAAAAUGUUUGGGUGGGAAAAAGGUAAGCUAUUUACCUGUUUAAUUCGGGGUUUCUUUUUAUUAUAUAAGACAAAUAGAUAAUAAUUAUUUUGUUCAGUUAUAGAUACACAGUAUGACAUCAUGUAGGAAGAGCAAAAAAGUAAGCCACUCGGCCCACUCGCUCGUGAGCCACUUUUUUGUUCUUCCCACGUUAUGACGUCAUACAGUGCAUCUAUAACUGAACAGACGACGGCAAAAUCUUAUAUAUUUCUUAACUACAUUCGUUAGUUAUCACUCCGCAACAAAAAACUUCGCCUGAUGACAUUCUGAUAUUGAAUAAAACCUUUUAUAAAAACUGCUAAUUUUGAUUUCGUGACAAACAGAUAGUAUAAUAUUAUGAUCAUGGGUCAUUAAACAUAACAAGGCCUUUCAUCUAGGCCGGAGCGUAAUUAUUAUCCAGACAAUUAGAAUCCCUAAGAAACCUGAACACAGUUAACAAUAUAUAAAAUUGUUGACCACUGGCCAGUUCCCCUUUUUAUAGCAAAUGCCACGUAUUUUGCGUAUAAUUUAUUUAAUGCUAUUCGUGCGCGCAAGCCUGUGCAUGUAGUCGACAAAUUAAUUUAUUUGCAGAGCAAGAAAAUCCGAUCCAGGGAUCUAGAUUGAUAAGUCUGAUACAGUUAAGUACACAGUUCGGUGCUUGGUAACCAAGCCUUCAAGUGAUCCCCAAAAAAUCUGCCUGAAGCAUUUAUGAAAAAUGUAUAAGGGGCGGACCAUUUAACUUUUGAGGGGGGUGGAAGAUUCAGUCUGCACAAGAAAUUUUUUUCCGCCCAGGCAAACAAGACAGAUAUUUUUUUCCUGUAAACGUGCAGCGCAAGAUAUUUUGUUCCCAAUAUAUUUGGCGGCAGGAUAUUUUUUUGCCUCUCAUAAUAACGGCUUACAGUAACUUAAGGCUUUCAUAUAGCUAUCAUCAGAGACGUAUAGCAGGGGUUUUCAGUCAGAGGAGGCCGAGAACUGAAUCCCAAGAGGGGCCAAGGAAUUUCACUGUGCUUUAUUUUAUAUGGUUAUGUCUUAAUGUUCCCCACACUAAAGCGUGCAAGUUUACUUACAAAGAAUGUAUAACUGCACCAAAACCUAAAAAUGUAGAAAAUGUUUUUUUGAGCGCUCUCUUUUGCAUGAUUUUUUUUUCUCGAUUGUAUGCUGCAUGAUUUUUUUUUCUUUCUCCUUGGGUUGCAGGAAUUUUUUUUCGAAAUCUUCCAACCCCCCCCCGCUCAAAAGUCAAAUGGUCCGCCCCUAAGCUAGCAAACUUCGCACGCCCACUGUUAAAUUAUGGCCGGUGAUGUGUGUCAAAAUUAAGUGAAACAUUUUGCCGGACCAUGAUCUUGUAACAUUUGGCAUGCGUGUCAAACAAUUUGGCAAUGAUUUGGCAUCAUUUGGCUAUUGGUUCUCACUAUUUUAUGGCAACUGCAAAAUAUUUGGUGACAAUCUCAAAAUAUUCAACAACAAAAACCCGUUUGACAACAAUUUAUUACUGCACUGAACUAAAAUGUUAUCAUUUGACAAUGACGUCACGUUCGGCAACAAUCGUUUCAUUUCGCAAAAACAAUCCCAAAAUGCAUUCGAGUUUGCAAAUUUAGAAACAAGAUGGCAGAUCAAUUAACAUAAUAAUAUCAACAGGACUAAGUACGAGAUUCUAUUUUAACACGCUUGGAAAUGCUUUUAAACGAUGUUACGGCAGCUAUUUCACCAGAUCCUGAACUCCAUAUAAUAAAUAGAUCAUAUUCGCGAUUGCUCUGAAACUCUUUAUCAAUGCCUUGUUGUUCUCUCUGCACAAGAUCCUAAUACGUACUAGUAUAUGACGGAUAUCUAAAUCAAGCCAGACUCUUGGUUGAUAUUAUGGAGCGCUCUGUUUUCAAUGGUGAAAAUAACGAAAGAAGAACAAGAAGAAGAAUGCGCACUGCAGGGAGACCUGAAUUUGAUAUUUCCGGAGACCAAUUGGUGUACCUUAUAGAUGGGGUUCAGGAUCUGGUGAAAUUGCUGCCGUAACAUCCAAGCGUGUUAAAAUUGAAUUUCGUACUUAAUUCGUCCUGUUGAUGUUGAUUCGCCAUUUUUUUGUUUAUGAAUUUGCAAUACAUUUUGGGAUUGUUGUUGCCAAAUGAAACGAUUGUUGCCGAACGUGAGGUCAUUGUCAAAUGAUAACAUUUUAGUUCAGUGCAGUAAUUAAUUGUUGUCAAACGAGUUUUUGUUGUUGAAUAUUUUGAUAUUGUCACCAAAUGUUUUGCAGUUGUCAUAAAAUAGUCAGAACCAAUAGCCAAAUGCUGCCAAAUUGUUUCACACGCAUGCCAAAUGUCACAAGAUCAUUGUCAAUACUUAAUUUUGACACACAUCACCCGCCAUAUUAAAUCUCUGUUUGAUUAAAUCCGGCCGCGAAAAAGACAGUUCAACUACAGCGAUGUGCAAUUUCUUAAUUUAAGCAAGGCUUUAUCUGGUACGACGACGUGACAAGGAACGUGUCGAACUUAAAUUUUACACUUUUCAUAAAAUGACAAAACUACGAACUAGCGUUCAAACACUCAUUAAUAAUUCAUAAGUUUAUUGUUAAAUCAUGUCAACCAUAAUAUGUCACGUGCAGUGGCUUUAAACCUGAUAAAACACUCCUAAUCAGUAUUCUUUAUAUAAAGAAUACUAAUAAUUAAGGCAGUAUAUCUAUUGAAUUUGUAGUCGUGUUUGAAGCCGUUUAGACUCGCAGGUCGUAUUUUAUUAUAUAGGUCUAAAGCCACUCGUAUUUAGUAGAAGCCUUAUAAAAUAGCAAGGUCGUUUGUAUAAAACUCUUCCUUUUUAAUCAUCCAUUUCGUGGACAUAGUUAAAUGGUAGUUUAACUCUACAAAAUACGUCACUCUGAUUGUCUGAUCUGUCUGACUAAUCUGACUAAAAUCGCAUGAUUUCCAAAUACUUCUUUCAUUUUAUUAUUUGUAAACCAGGCAUGCAUGGGAACACCGUUAUAUAAAUGUGUAUGAUUUUAAAACAUUCUGAGCCUGGUCAGCCCAUUUAAGACGCAUUAUAUCAUUCCGCACUUGUAACUAUAACCAAUAAUAUGGCUAAUGACGUGUUGUUCAAACGGUGUGGUAUACGGUAGAGGUUAUAAUGCCUGCAUGGCUUUGACAUACAGUAUAUAGACAUAUAUUUAGAUAUAAAGCUAUAGUCUUUGUAACUUGGGUCAAUGAACUUCCUUGUCUUUUUAUAGAAUGCAGAUGUAGAAAAGAUAACAAUUCCCGAGGGGACUCACAGAUACAACCUGACUUGUAUAGGACAAAAUAAGCUUAUCUGGAAGAAGGAUGGUCUAAAAAUUGCCUUUCCAAAAAAUAAAUAUAACUUAGGGUUUGACUUAAACGGUCUAGAAUCAUCGCAUUUAUUUCCACUUCUCUGCGUCAAGAAAUCCAAUGAAGGAUCAUAUACCUGUCAUGAUAAGAAAAAUGGUCGUCUUUUGAAAAGAAUCAAUGUUACGGUCUCACGUAUGUAUAGAAUAAUUACCGUACCAAAGUAAUUAUAGUAUACUAGGCAACACCAUGGUUUCUCGCGCAAUUUGAAAAAAAAUGCACCAGUGAGUUUUUAAAUGCUACCGAAGAACAAGUUCUAUAUGCACAAGAAAACAUGCUAUUAUAAAAUUUUUAAUAAUACACAUUGAAAAAUUGAAUAGAAUUCGAAGACCACCGAACGGACUUAAGACUUGUUGGAAACUUCUUGUUUCAUUGUUUGAAAACAUAAGUCUUAGAUAUUCGCUUCAUUGAGCACCAGAUGUUCGUCAAAAAAAGUAAACUUCCCUCAAACUCUUUCCAAUCAAAAUGUCUAAAAAUGUUUCCUUUCUGCCGUUCUUUUUCUGAAAAUUGCACCGGUUACAUGAGCCAAUCAGAAUUGAGAAUUGUUUUCAUGUAUAUAUUAUUGAGUUCGUUAUUCAUGCACCAAGAGGUGGAGAGAAACGCCAAUUAGCGGUAUGUUUCAUUUGUGGAACAAAAUAUGAUCUGCAUGAUUAAUGGGACAAAAUAACAUACAUGAGUUUUGAAUGAUUCUGAAAGGCGACCAGUAUUAGAAAUCGUACAUAUAUACUGCAUUUUGAAUCAGACAUAAUUUUUGAUAAAUGAUAAAGUCGUAAAACGUAAAUAAUUUUGUUUAAAUUAAUAUAAUAAAGAAUAUGUUUCCUCAUAGAAACUUCUUUUGUAAAAUAAAUUAAAGACUAUAGUUGAACUAAAAGACUCAGGGAAACUCUAUAACAAUAGAAUCAGCCAAAAUGUGAUCGCUGAAUGAAACAUGGCGGUUUAAUUGCUCUACGUUUUGCUUUUAUCUCUUUUUGAAAUAGAAUCAGGGAAGUAUUACCCAUGUGGAGGUUCAAGCGGAGGUAAAUAAUUUAUGUUUUAAUUCUUGAUAAAUUUACGUGAUUGUAAUUUUGUCUAUUUUAAACAGCUUAUCGUUAGGGUACAUAUUGCCUGCAUGAGUUUCGAGGCCUGCUUAGCCUAUAUUUAUUAUUUUGUUGGCAUUAUCACUCGAUUGAACAAUACUUGAAAGGUUUUGUAGAUGGAUAUAAUUAUCGAGUAUAUAUAAAUUUAUAUACAUUUUAUUAGAUCCACCAGGAACAGCUGCGAAAAAUGCAACCAAACGUCCCUGGCAGAAUUCGAACCUGCCGCCCUAUUCCAGUGCUGCACUCUAACCAACUGAGCCGGCCAGUUAUCGAGCUCUAACCACAAGUUCAUGUAUAUAUAUAUACUAGGGUACUGCCAUGUUAUGCCAAAAAAUAUUGAUGCUAUCCAUAACCUAAAAUAACAGUACCCCAGUGUAUAUGCAUGAACUUGUGGUUAGAGCUCGACCACUGGACCCUGCUGCUCAGUUGGUUGGAGCGAGAGACCCGUGCUGUUCCCGGUUGGGUUUCAAUAAAUAUGUAUAUAAAUUAGUUUAUAAUCGACAAUUUCCAUGCAUCUACAGUAUAGUCCAGAAACAGUUUGACUUAAUUGUAGUCGAAACAUCCUAAGAAAGUAACUAAAAUUAAUAGAAAAUGAUGGUUAAUCGCGUAUACAUCCAGAAAAAAUAAAUACAACUCUUAAUCGUUCUUCAUAUAUUGGGAGGAGGGGGGGGCAGGAAUCGAACAUGCGGCUUGGUCCCUGGAACAAAGCCUUACAAGGUCCCUGGCAGGAAUCGAACAUGCGGCCAUGUGAUUCCAGUGCAGCGCUCCACCCAACUGAGCAGCAGGGUCCAGUGGCCGAGCUCUAAUCACAAGUUCAUGCAUAUACGCUGGGGGUACUGUUGUUUUAGGUUAUGGAUAGAAUCAAAUUUCCGACAACCCCGAUUUGCACUCGAAAAGGCUGUUUUUAGCCCUGUUUUAGGUAGAAAUUUCUGAAAAAUCGACAUGAAUUUUCCGUGAAGGUAAGGGGCGGUCAACCACCCAACCGAAAUUUCCGCCACUGAGAAUUGGACAAUGAUUUUGUGUUACUUUUCUAAUUAUAGAUUAAUAAGUUCUUUGUAUGUUUGCAUGGCGAUAAAACAUAUAAUAGUUUUGUUUGUGGAAACACCACGUAAAUUUAUUACUGCAAAAUAAAUAAUAAAUAAUUUAUUACACUUUUGCAGUAAUAAAUUUACGUGGUGUUUCCACAAACAAAACUAUUAUAUAGAUAUAUAGAUUAAUAAUUGAUAAACUCUGGACUCAAUUAUAUUUUUUGUCGGAAUAACACGAAUUUUCACUAUAUUUUAUAUUUCAAAUAUUUCAGAUCGGCUUCAUUUUGAAGUUGGAUCUGGAUGUGUGUCACCUAUAUAUCCAUGCUGUGAAUUGGAACACGUACCAGUUGCGGCGGGGAGAAUGGAUGUGUAUUUAAAAAUGGAAAAAUGGCUUCGUGAUUCGAACAACAAAUGUGAUAUCGUGUACAGUGAACCAAACUCUUUCACUAAUCCGUAUAAUGUUAUUGUCGAUUGGGAAUUAGAUGAUACUGGUAAGCACAUUUAAAAACUGAAAUUAAAAAUUACAAUUUCGUAUACUGUUUAAAAACACGAUUUAAACAUGUAAAACCUGUUUUAUUACUGUGCAUAUACAUUUGAAAAUCUAAUUGACAUACCCUUUUUAUGCAGCAUGACAGGGACCGGAUUCAUUGUACAUUUAAGAAAGAAUAUUGCACUCAGAAGAAGAAACCUCACAGCAGUAUUAUAAAAUACCAAGACGUUUUCGAAUUAGCGACCACAAGUUAAUGAUUAAAAUAAUAUGGUCGCUACAGAAAUAUUGGCCGCGUAUUUUUGUAUAUAUUCUGGGGACUGAUUUCAAUUUAAUUUAAUUUCUUUCUCUUCUUAGGUACGUCUGGUACAUGGGGUUGGCAAAUCGAUGUUCUUGGCCUUGACGGAGAUGCAGGUUACCAAUAUUGCGUCCAUAUAAACAGCAGAGUAUGUUUAACCUUAAUUGUAUAACCGUUUAAUUUGCUUCUAUCAAAACUAUAACACCAUGAUCAAAAUGAGACCUGCCUUCCUUCUAAAUUGGCGCAAGUGUAGGUAGAGACGAUAUCCAAUUUGAAGGCCGGAUGCACAAUUACUUCAAAAAUAUUAACAGAACUGACUUUUUCGACCGAAAACCCUUCAAAACGAAGUUCUGGUUGGUUAUAUUAUAUUAUUUUGUUUUUACAUUUUUAUGAUUUAUAUUGAGGGCUGGAAAUCUUUCGAUUGCCGCAUGUUGCUUCGAAAAUAUUAAAUGCGAUCGAGGUAUAACUAAAAUGUUAUAGCCACUAUUUUUUUGGCUGGAAAUGUUGUACAGUUGUAAUUGACAAUUAAUGUGUGGAUAGGUGCGAUACUCAAUACCGGAUGUGCGUGAAUAUUGUGUAUAGCUGCUUGUUUGUUUAAUUAAGAGAAAAACUUGAAAUAGGGGGCGCGGUGAGCUUCUUGGUGAAAUGGGUUACCAUAAUGUGGAGUAACCUUAACACCACAGGUGUCUGGUUUUUUGUCUAUGUAUACCGUAUAUAAAAUGCAAUCCCUUUUUCAUAUAAAAAUGUAGCGUGUAAUAAUAUAUAUUGUAUUUGCACCGAUGAUCCAGGCCGCAUGAAUUUGAAACUGUAGCAAAAAAAUGCAUGAUGAUCGGAAAUUAUGCUCCAUAUAUAUCUAAUGCAAUGACCCAGUUUUUAAUAAAGUGAUCCAGUUCGGCAACAAUAUUUCCGUGCCUGUCAAAUUUAAAAAAUGGGCCCCAGUCAUUUUUUGGGUGAAACAUUUCCGCGCAUGCAAAGGGCAAGAUAUUUGUUUUUUUAAUUUGGGCAAAGUACCGAAAUUUGGUAUGAAAAAUUGAGGUAAAGUCGCUGGAAAGCAAUUACAACGUACUCGUCUGGAAAAAUGUUUUCCCUAAAAAGUUGUCGACGGGGGUUGUUGUCCGAAAAAAAAUUUGAAAUAGGGGCCCCUAAAAAAAUUUGCCCCAGACCCUCGGCGGCGCUGCUGCCAUGCGUGUGCACAUGGUUUUUGCUUGGAAUUUCGAGGGCGCUGAGACAAUAAUCUAUCGUAUGCGAUAUAACUAUCACUGAAGCCGUGUUUAUACUAGCCUACGGUGUAGACCCCAGCAGAAACACGUUUCGUGAGGGGUCUACGAAUAAACGAAGAAAAGCUUGCCCGGCUUACGUCAUAUCCGUUUUUCGUUUUGGGCAAAUUAACUUCAAUUUAUUCAAAUUUAUGACGUGCGCGCGCUUUAUAUUAAAAUGUUUCAUGGACCAUGGUGGGCUUUGCGCAAUACAAAUGUGUUCUUUGCUUCAAAGUCCCAUCGAAUAAAAGCGAUAUUAAUUUCUUGGACAGCAAGAAGAACAUACGUAAGGAGUUAGACGACCUUUCCUGUCUUUCCUUCUCCAUUUUACUGUACCUGCAAAUAGCAUUUGUAAAGCCUGUUUGGCGUUGGUAAACAAACGGAGAAGCUUCAAAGAACGGUUAUGGGUUAUCUGAACUGAACAAUACGAUAACCAACGCGCACAAAACAGCGUUAAACGCUAUUGGUAUUAUGGUAUACCGCUCAAAGUAAAGCGAAAUUUCGUGAGGAAACUGGGAUUCGAGCCGACCUUGCGAUAAAACUUUUACGCCGGCUACAUUUAGCGUGAAAUCGACAUUGUUUUCGACUGCAGAAAUUGGAUGCCUUGACAAGCUUCAACAGCCUAACAGGUUUGUAUGAAUGACAAGAACUUUUUAGUCCGUUCGGACAUGUGUUUAAUAGUUGGGUAUAUGCAUAUAGUCAGGGUAUAUUUUAACACGAUUUGUUGUAAGUGCAUGUUUACUUCAAAAAAUUCUUGUCAUUCGUACAAACCUGUUAGACUGUUGAAGCUUGUCAAGACAUACAAUUUCUGCAGUCGAAGACAACGUUGAUUUCACGCUAAAUGUAGCGGGCAUAAACGUUUUAUCGCAAGUCGGCUCGAAUCCCAGUUUCCCACGACAUUUCGCUUUACUUUAAGCGGUAUACCAAUAGCGUUUAAUGGUGUUUCGUGGACGUUCGUUAUCGUAUUGUCUAGUUCACAUAACCGUUCUUUGAAGCUUCUCCGUUUGUUUACCAACGCCAAGCAGGCUUUACAAAUACUAUUUACAGGUAAAAUGGAGAAGGAAAGGUCGUCUAACUUAUCCUUACGUAUAUUCUCCUUGCUGUCCAAGAAAUUAAUAUCGCUUUCAUUCGACGGGACGUUGAAGCAAAGACGGCAUUUCUAUUGCACAAAGCCCACCAUGAAACAUUUUAAUAUAAAGCGCACACACGUCAUAAAUUUGAAUAAAUUUAAAUUAAUUUACCCAAAACGCAAAACGGAUAUGACGUAGGCCGGGCAAGCUUUUCUUCGUUUAUUCGUAGACCCCUCACGAAACGUGUUUCUGCUGGGGUCUACACCGUAGGCUAUGUUUAUACUAAGGGACUGACAUUUACAUGGCCAGGCUAUAGGUACUUCCCGGACACAUUUGUUACCUAACCAAAGACCCAAGUCCCAUUGAAUAAUUGGCCAUUACAUACAUGCAAAAUGAAUUACUGUAGAAACUAAGUAGAGAAUGACAUCCGCUGAGUGCUGACAUUAAAGACUCGAAUUUACGUUUGUUGUCAUGGAAAUUAGCCCCGGGCACGUCUAGGGUCACUAAAAUGUGUUUAUACUGCAGGCGACCCUAGAGUUACCUAGGAAUGACCUAAGACCAUGUUUUCAGGCCACGUCUAAAUGCUUGGCCUAAAAACAAGGUGUUAGUUCGGUCCUAUAUGCAGGUCAGUCCUAGUUCGGUCCUAUAGGUCAGUCUUAGGUCAGUUCUAGGUCGGUCCUAGGUAAGUUAUAUUUAAGAAAUAGAAAACGUUUUCCGUGUUUCUAUAGAGUUAUAGAAACACGCGUGAAACUUUUGGAGAAACGAGGAAUUGCGUGGGAACACGAGCACGAAGUGCGAGUGUUUCCACGCAAUUUCGAGUUUCUCCCAAACUUUUACGAGUGUUUCUAUAAACUCUAUAGAAACACGGGAAAAUGUUUUCUAUUUCCUUUAGUAAAUAGCCUUUUAAAAACAAUAGAAAAGAUAAAUUUAUUGAUUUUUUUGCUUUCAUUCAAAUAUUAAUUCCACCUUAAUAUACGUUCGUGUAAAGAAUACAACAGACAAAACAACAGACAGCACUUAACAGGCUUAUAAUACAAAGUAUAUAAUUCACUCAACAACGUACAUGCUUGCAUGCAAAGAAAGCACUGUUUUAAAUAGUUAGUGAACGUUUAAACAUGAUUAAAAACUAUAGUAAACAUGAUUAAAAACGUUGCGAGAAAAUAUUUUUUUAAAAAGACAAAGUAAAAUUAAAAUAUCUUACCUUGGUAAACAGUCAAACAGAUACAAUGUGUGCUAUAAUCAUACUUUGUGCUUUAGGUCUUCGCUUUCUAAGCCGUUAGCAAAGUGUUGCCUUUUUUUGUAACUGUUCUUCGGCGUUUCGGGACGUUUUUCAACUUUUUUCAAAAUUAAAUAUUGUUUGUAUUUUGUCUUUUAAACUCCCGCGCAAUCUACGCAACCCGCGUGAAAAUUCCCCGUGUUUCUAUCGAGUUAUAGAAACACGUUUUUUUUAGCUUUUGACCAAUCAGCGCCCGUGUUUUUAAAAGACUAUUUUAUAAAGGUCUUUAGUGUAUAAAAUACUGCUAAUGAAACUUGUUGAUCUCGUUAAUUUUAUUUAUAUUUAUUAUAUUAUUUUUGUCAAAGUCGAACGAUUUUUGGUGAUACAACAUUUCUUAUAAUGACAUGGUUUUUUCUUCCUAGGAAAAGCUGCUAAAAUGGAUGAUUAAAAACAUUCGUUUAACGCCUGGAGCAAAAUAUAAUAUCACUCUGCAGACUUUACCAAAAUCGAGCAGGAAAUCGAAUUCCAUAUUCAAAUUCAUUCGAAUUCCAAAUUUUCCAGGUAUACAUUUUCACGAGUGUCAUAUAUACAGGGUGUAUAAAAAAAACUGAACAGAUUUAAAAUUGCUCUCAAUUUCGCAAAACAGCUAUUUGUAUCCGGUUUUUUAUAUAUAUAGCCUCUUUGGGUACUUAUAAUGUAGAAUAAUGAGAAAAAUUUCUUGAACUCAAAUUUUGUGAACCAGGGGGGUGUGUCUUUUCCAACAAAAUAAAAAUGGCUCGCGCACAAAAUUUAAAAGCUGCAAUCAUAUUUUGAUUUAACAGAUGGAAAAUUUGUCGGGAUUUUAAUUACUGUACAAAAUUUCAGACAAUUUGGUUUAGUUUAAGCUCCUUAACUAUUCACGCAAAGUUACAAUUUUCCCGAAAAAUCAGCUAUUUGCAUGCUUAAUUAAUGCAUUUGCCUAAUUUGCAUAUGUCAGCAAUAUGCAAAUUAGGUAAAGGCAUUAAUUAAGCAUGCAAAAGGCUGACUUUUUAGAACAAAAUGAAUAGUUAAAGGGCUUAAACUAAACCAAAUUGUCUGAAAUUUUGGACAGUAAUUAAAACCCCGACAAAUUUUCAAUCUAUUAACUCAAAAUAUGAUUACAGCUUUUAAAUUUUGUGCGCGAGCCAUUUUUAAUUUGUUGGAGAAGACACACCCCCCUGGUUCACAAAAUUUGAGAAUUUUUUUCCAUUAUUUUACAUUAUAAGUACCCAAAGAAGCUAUAAUUAUAUAUAUAAAACCAGAUACAAAUAGGUGUUUUGCGAAAUUGAGAGCAAUUUCAAAUCUGUUCAGUUUUUUUUUUUAUACACCCUGUAUUAUUAUAUUGUUGACGGUUUAUUGUUGGAAUACGUUUUCUUAAAGCGCAACGCAUUGUAUAAGUUAUCAGAAUGUGGCUUCUUAGAACGACCGAGGAGUGAAUUGAAGAUAGCUCAAUCACACAAGAGUGUUUUUAAAUUAACUUGUUGGCCUAUCAUGCAUGACGUCUUAUAUAUACAUUAGCAUUAACGUUUCCGUCUUUUUGACAGGAAAAUCGACACGUGGGUCGCAUCUUUAAUAAUCUGCGGUUAACAAUGGGACCAUGUGUUUAGUGGGCGCGCUCAUGCAUGUCUUAUGUGGACAUUUCGGGUGGACAAUGUGGACAUUUCCGGCGGAAUUCGCGGAGUAACCCGAAAAUAAUAUGACUUUCAAAGUCCGAAAUUGUAGUGGGUUAAUUAAGAUUCAGAAUAAAUUACGGUUCCCAAUAGGAAUUUCGGCAUGUUUAUGUUUGAAAGUGUAUGAAAAAUAUUGUUCAUGGUUUUUUAAUUUACAUAAUUAGAGGAUUAUAAUCACUGUUAAAUCAGUGAUUAUAAUGCAUUCCAUGUAUCGCAAUGUUUAUUAGAGCACAUUGCAAGGCAGUUUAAAUAUAGCUAAUAUAGAUUGAAUUGAACUACUUAUCUGAUUUAUUUUGUAGACAUGUGUGAAACGAUUGGUCGCAACUGUAGUUGGGAAUUUUGUUGUAAGUUUUUCUCAAUUAAGCAAUCUUGUAUCAAGAAAUUUUAAGAACCUUUGUUGCUUUGGGAGCCUAAUUAGGCAAAGUGCCCUCCCACCUUCCUUCCCCCUCCCUCUUGGCAGGCCUGCAUGCGUAAGAGUACAUCUGUCAAAGCUGUUAAGAAGACUGGAAAGGGUAAUACUGUACCGAUGUUUCAGUAUUAUUUCUUUCUUUACACUAUUAAUACGUGUUUGUUUACGAUAGCAUUUUGGUUUAAUAUCUUGAGUCCGUAUUUCUUCCGAUUUCCUCUCUCUAAAAAAUAGCUCUGACUUCACACCACGCUAUGAUUAUAGGCCGCUAAUAUUAUUACUUCUAACUAUGGACAUAUGAAGACAUAUAUGUGCUUUCUUCGUGUGUUAUUCACUACAGUAUACUUAGUGUGUUAUUCAUAGCAUUAGAACAGUCAUGCGUUAAUUAAGAUUUUUACCUAAACUCAUCGAACAGUUAGUUCAUCGAAUCGUAGAUAAUCAGGGGAGCACGACAGAAUCAGUCUUUCGUUUAACAUCUUUGAAAAAUGAUAAUGAACUUGAUGCGAAACUGCACCACCAAAAAAAUUCAAAUAAAAAUAGAGGGAGUGAAGCUUCUCCGUCGAUGUCAUUAAAUUGAUUACUAGGGAGAGAAGCUUUGGUGCAGCCGUUUAGCCGUUUAAGACUCCGUAGGAUUUUCUGAUCGAUAAUUACAAACUUUAAUCUCAUUAUCGAAAGAUGGUAAUUAGGCAAAUCUACUCUGCUGUGUUCCCUUGUACAAGUUACAAUUCUCAUGAGCUACCAUAUUUUUAUAUUUUUUACCUUCAGUUCCCGUCGAGAAUCUCACAGUUACAAACCAUUCAUCUUCUCCUCUUGUGUCAUGGAAUCCUUCUCCGUUUUACAAAUUCCAACAUGUAUUCGAAGUUAAUUAUACUGAUGAAAAUGGCUCUGACAGCGAUAGAUUUAUAGUGAAGGUAUCUAUUUUAUAACAUCAUAAUCCUUAUUUUUAGCUCCAAAUCUAUUUUAGCUCUCAACAUCUUUAAAAAUUUCGAUAUGUUCGCUAGCUUGAUUCAAACAUAGUACUGAAAAAACGACACAUCUGAUGAGUUCAUUCGCGAAGUAAUCUUUUAAAAAGGUAUCUAAGCCGAGAAAAUCAAAGCUAAAGUUUAAUAUGUAAAUGAACAUGAUUUUUUUAAAAUUAUCACAUAUAAAUUAAUUAUCACCACCGACACGUACGGAGUGAUUUCCUUUGUCUAUUCCUUUUUAUAGCUAAAUAAACAUAUGCGCCACACCGAGUUUACUUUAAUCAUAGCCUAUCAAAGGGAAGAUGGCUGUGAAACUCAUUAGAAUAACAAUAUAACUCAUUGUCUAUGUUAGUCAACGUUUAUUCAUAAAUCUGGUCGUUUCACCGUCACGUGUGUAUUGUAUUUUUACUAAAUCCACCAAUAGCAAUUUCCAGUUUCCCUAUUGUUCGAAUCACGGAUAGGCGAGUUUCCUAAAACAUUGCUAUUGGUCAGUUGGGCAAGAAUACAAUACACACGUGACGGUGAAGGACCAGAUUUAUGAAUAAACGUUGACCAACAUAGAUAAUGAGUUAUAUUGUUAUUCUAAUGAGUUUCACAGCCAUCUUCCCUUCGAUAGGCUAUGCUAGAGCUCUAAAUGAUCGCUUCCAUUUAACUGCAUGGUUUUAUACGAAUUCAGAAAGGUAAUUUUUUCUGGCGAAUUCAGGGCGUGGUUUCCUCUGCUGUCCAAAGUGCCUACCAUUAUUUUUGCCACCCAAAAUCAUAGAUUUCCCGUGACUAAGUAGAAGAAGUAAUAUUUUUUAAUCUUUUAGAAUGGAUCCCAUUUCAGACUUACCAAUCUGAAACACAAAUAUUUUCGUAAAUAUUUUGUGGAGGUAAAGGAGCUAGCUCUGUUUGAUAAUAUAAUGUAUUUCAAUCGAGUUUUCUACACAGUGUUUCCAGAUUUAUAUAUACAGGUUGAUUUUAUAUCUAAAUUACUGAGAGAACACCUUGCCAUAUCUGAAUAGUCGUUAUUUUUGUUUCACCAAGGUACGACCGAUCUUCGCGAAAGGUGCUGAUUCAAAUAGAAUUUAUGGAAAAAGAAGCAUAAAAUUGAUGUUCUACACUGCCUAUCCACCGACACCAACACCAACUAAAAAAGGUGGUAAAUUCCAUAAAAAUCGUGAUGUUUAUUUCAAUUCAUAAUUACACACAUCGUACUUAUAUUGGAGCUUUCGAAAUAACUCUUCGACCGAUGGUUCAUAUCAUAUCAUAUCAUAUCAUAUCAUAUCAUAUCAUCAGUAUCAUAUCAUAUAAUUUAUUAACAACCAAUUUUACACUUAGAACUGAAUUACACUGGUUUUGCAACUGCAAGAUAUACUAAGUACUGUUUAAUAAACGAGCAGGAGUGUUUUAUUAGGUUUAAGCCACAAGCGCUGCGCGCUCGUGGCUUUAUAGACCUAACAAGACGCCUGCUCAGGCGUUCACACUGGCCUCGCGGUUGAUAAAAUACCGUCGCAAUACUCUAAAAAAUAAUGUAGAUGUUCUUCACUUCUUGACGGCCGUCACUUCAUGAUCACAAACAUUCAAAACCAAUAGAGUUCAGCGAUGUCAUAUCGAAAAACACAGAAAAGUUCAAGCGCAUGCGCAAUGAAAUAUAAUAAAAUACGUCCCACAAUUACAGCGUCUAAGAUUUGUAACGUAGUUAAACACGAAAGUCGUUCGAAUCAACAUUGUGUAGAAUUGGUCCUAAUAAUCGUCGUGAGCAUGUUUUAGAUAAAUUGCGCAAUCCUGAGCCCACGAUGCCGCAAUGGAAAGUCACACUUGCGACAACCGAAAAAGACAGCAUUUUCAAGCAAGGGCAAAUUAUGACACUGGCUGCGGCCAGUGUAAUAAAACACGACCUGCGAGUUUAUUAACGGCUUCAAACACGACUACAAAUUCAAUAGAUACUGCCUUAUUACUAUUCUUUAUAUAAAGAAUACUAAUGAGGACACGACUACAAUAGAUACUGCCUUGUUAGUAUUCUUUAUAUAAAGAAUACUAAUUAUGAGUGUUUUAUCAGGUUUAAAGCCACUGCACGUGACAUAUUAUGGUUGACAUGAUUUGCCAAUACGCUUAUGAAUUAUUAAUGAGUGUUUGAAAUAACUAAUAAUACGUAGUAACAUAUGAUUUAAGAAUAUUAAAAGUAGAAGUUACUUGGUUUUACAACUAUAAAGUACUGUAUAACUAGAGUAAUGUAUAAUACGAUUUAAGAAUAUUAGAAGUUGAGAGUUAAAAAUGGUUCGUGUCGUAUAAUGUUGCUACGGGCGUGUUACAUUUUAAACAUUUAAAAAAAAACUGAACACUAAAAAUCGGUUUAUUUCCCCUUACAUUUAGAUGAUCCUUCUAAUAAGUUAAAGAUUAUAAUAUUUGUGUGUGUUGCUACUGUGUGUUUGGGUAUCGUGUUCUCGUUGCUUGCGUAUCUUCGGUGUAAGUAUACCUGUACUAACUUAUAACAUGUACGUUCUUCUUAUUGGUUUUCUAAAGUAAUUGCCAGUGUUUAUGACUCUUUCCUUACUAUGAUUAUUCAAUAUAUAGUUGUCAUAAUCAGCUAAUUACAAGGCUUGUUCAUAUAGAUCAUAGGUCAACCUCUGAUGAUGAAGCUUCCAGAACUUCUGAAGAAAGACUGAUACCAGGUAUGUAUAGUCUUUUUGCAAUAUUAGUGACUUUUCAACUAUAUAUUUUUGAAAUUGCGUUUGACUUUUUUAGAUUUAGUACUUUUUAUCGUAAUUUAGCACGUAAUGUUUAAGUUGGUGUAGCGACAUUUUGUUGAUAUCACUUCCCGGAUGCGCAAUUAAAUUAUUUGAAAUUUUACUCAAAAUCGAAUCUGCUCACGCGUGCACGUUUUGGGCAGUUUUUGUAGGAUAGAUUAUAAUUCAAUCACCAUAUAUAUUCGCUCGUUAUGCAUUCAGCUAUGCCUUAAUUCCGAGGUGAAAUUGAGCAUGCACAUGAAUAACUCCUUUUUAUUUUUCAACAUUUCAUGCUUGAUCUGAGCGAUUUCUGUUCGCGGUUUGAUAAUUUUCCCGCACGGCCCUCGCUCAGUAAGUUCUUUUAUUUAAUUUCAAUAUAUUUUUAAAUUUUGAAUAUUAGGAGACUAAUGACUCAAAACUAAUGAUUUUGGUUCAUUUUCUUGCACGAUACUAUUUUUGACCUUCAAAAUAGAUUUAUUCUUAGUUUUUAGGUUGACACAACCUUAUUUUGCUCGCAAUUUUACUGGAAAGACACAUAUAAUUAUUCAAGAAGUCGCCCGAGCUCAAUUUUAUCGCCUUCUUCGAAACCCUUCAGAACAUUUUGAUAUCAGAUCAACUUCAGUCAGUUGACGCAUGCGCCGACGUUUUUCUGCGGUGCUAUAUGAGUAAGAAAUUAUCAUAUACUAGGAUCAACUUCGAUGCUCUAAUCUAUACCAAUUAACAUCUAAUUUUUCAUUUGAUUUCCUUGUGUAGAUCAACCCAAAAAUGUGUUACUUGUUCACGACUGGCAUUGUAAAUCGUGUAAUGAUGCCACGCAUUCACUUGCCAAUGUUUUUGGGGGAACAGGACAUAUCAAAUGUUCUCUUGAUUUGUGUUCAACAAAAGAGAUUGCAGUAGCUGGAAUGGGGUGGUACGAAGAGCGAUUAAAAAAUUGUGAAAAAAUUGUUGUUGUUUGUACAAAGGAAUCGAAGAAAACUUAUUACGAGAAUAUUGAUGGCCAAGGUAUGCUCGAUAAAAUUAAGCACAUUAUAAUAUUAUUAACUGCGUGUAUACGCCAUGAAACGAUACUCGAAUUAAUGGAUAAAUAUAACAGUAUAUCUUGAUCAGUCUAUUUUAUUCUUCAUGGUUCUCUGAUCAGAUCUGAUAUCUUUCGGGUCCGUUUUACCAUAGUUUAUUAAUAGAAUAGAUGGUUUUCAUGGAAGCUCAUUAGAAUAACGCUAAUACUUAUGAUCUACAAGGGCGUCAAUCUAUCCCAAAAAGUGUGUGGGGGGGGGGGACGGACUCCAAACUAGGAAGGUCCGGAGGUAUGCUACCCAAAUUUUUUUCUUCUAAAUUUUGGUAACUGAAACGGAAUUUCCAGCGUUUUGGAGGCACUUAUAAAGUUAUAUUACAAUGUGCAUAAUCUUAAAUCCAUGUUUAACCAUGUGAGAAAUCCGCUAAAAACCAACAUGCCUGCCCUAGCCUGUGAAAAGACGUUAAUCUUGACGAAGCCUAACAUGUCCUCACCAUUAUUUUAAUGCUAAUAAUCUAUUAAAUUAACAACCAUUUGCCUAAUUAUUUUGAUGAUAAUCAUCUAUGUAAGGGAAAAUCAGUUAAAACACAAUUAUUUUUAAGUAUUUACAAUUUUACAUAACAUAUGCGAUGUCAGUAUUUGCUCCCAGCGACUACAGCAAGAUCAUACGUUGUACUUCUCAGUAUUAAAUGUCUCCCUUUCAAUCACAAUUUUUGAUGAAUACCAUACCAUGCAUUAGGUUUUUAGAUAACAAGAAACAAAAUUUCAUUAAAUACGUCAAAAAGUGGGGAAUAAUUAGAUAUUCGUCCCCCCCCCCAACUCCGCAAGCUGGGGGGAUGCGUCCCCCCAUCCCCCCCCCAGGAUUGACGCCCAUGAUGAUCUAUGUUAGUCAACGUUUAUUCAUAAAUCUGGUCCUUCACUGACGUCACGUGCGUAUUGUAUUUUUGCCGAACUAACCAAUAGCAAUGUCUUACGAAAGUCCGUGAAGCAUUCAAGUGGUUGUGUUCAUGAUGUGUAUUUUAUGCAUGUGUGUAUUUAUGUACGUAUUUCGCUGCUUCGAGGUUUGCACCUUGUAUGGGACUUCGCGUCCCGUUUACCCUUAUUCCAUUUGAGUGCAUAUUAAUUAUACAUAAUAUAUAUAUUAAUUAUAUAUAAUUAUAUAUAAUGUUAAUGUUUUGUUCUCAAUAAAUAUAUUUGAAAAAAAAAGAAAAAAAGUUACCUAUGUCCGUGACUCGAAAAAUAGGAUAAACUAACCAAUAACAAUUUUUUAGGAAAGUUACUUAUCCGUGACUCGAACAAUAGGGUAAAUUGGAAAUUGCUAUUGGUGGAUUUGGAAAACAUAUAAUACACACGUGACGGUCUAUAUUUAUGAAUAAACGUUGACUAACAUGGAUAAUGAGUUUUAUCGCCUCCCUGCAUCUAUUAACCACCAUCGGCAAACUGUUUGUUAGGUUGAAGCUCGGUUUUCUGUGCUGCGCGAUGGCAAGACCAGUCAAAACCUUUAUGAAUUAUGGCAUAAUUAUGGCUAUGUGCCAGGUUGUUAGCACAUAGCCGUAUCUAUAUAUUAACUUCAACAUAUAGCGUCCAAAAACGGGGAGGAGGGUGGGUAAAUCUCUUUCGUCCAAUUUCUUGAUUGCAGCCCUCGUGAAACAUUGCAGCCCUCGUGGAAUAAGAAAGGAAAGAUGGCCGGCUUCACCACUUAUAUAUACCGAACCUAUACGUACAAUUCGAAUCACGUCAGUAUACUUAAAUUAACUUGCGCGUGCAAAUAACCUAUUUCACAUAAUUAAUUUCAACGAUAGACUAUUCCAGGAAGCAAUAAAAACUCUGAUCGCUGUGGCAAUAAGUUCGUAUAUUGUUAUUCUAAUGAGUUUCAUGCAAACCAUCCAUUCUAUUAACUAUCGUUUUACCCAAUUUAUCCUUUUUAUUCUUAGUUCUGCUGUUUCUGUUUUUUUUAUCGAAUCUACCCUUAUACCCUCCCUCUUUAACCCGCAUCAUUGUUGCAUGAUAUUGCUCGAAUGAAGGUUUUAUCCAUCUGAUGAAUCAGCCAGAUAUCACUACGAAAAUGGAAACCCCGCUUAUUGGCAUUAGCGAAAAACCAGGCUUACAAGCUGCCUGAAACUUGCAAAAAAUACUGAAUGCGAUGUAUUUCUUUUCUAUGUUUAACUAUAGGUUCAAAUACCAACAUGUGCAAGUCAGCAUUUCGGUUUGUACUUAAAAUGAUUCUUGGUCAAAUGUCGAGUGGUAACGACAAUGCUAUUCAAGUUUUUCCUGUGUGUUUUGACCACUCGUCUAACGAAGAUAUUCCAAACUUCUUAAGGGAUAGACGAUAUUACUCGCUACCGUCAGACAUAAAUCCGUUAUUGUUGUCUCUUUCUGGCUUGAAUGCGAGACAGAUAGGCGAUAUGGCAGAAUACAGGUUUGAAGAUAGUAUUGAAUUACAGAGAAAGACUAGUCAAUGGAAAAAUGCGAUUCAAAAGGUUGAAAAAAGUCAUGGAAGGGCCCAAGCAGGUUCACUGGUGAGUAUGCGCAUUUUUAAUUAUUAAUAUAUACAGUUUUGCGGGAUAUAUAUGUUUUGGCCUUAUAUUCUGAUAAUAGAUAGCAUAUAGGCAAGGAACGUUAUUCACGCAAACGCCGACGACAAUCGAUGGCGAACGCAGCUCAUUUUGAACUGUUGGCGAACGUGAAAGUAGGCUACAUUGACUCCUUCGUUAGCAUAAAGAACUGCCGACGCCAUUAUUAACGGUUAAUUUAUGUACCCAUGGAUGACGCUUUGGUUGUGAAAAACGUCGCUUGCCUAAAGGCGGUUUUCCACUAGGCGACAUUUUUCGACCGAAUCGAAAUUUUCCUUUGUCUUACAAGCACUCAUUUGGAACUAAUCAGAAAUCUUUUGAAUUUGAACAAUAGAAAUUUCGGUUCGAUCGAAAAAUUUCGCCUAGUGGAAAACCGCCUUAAGCUCUCUAAUUGCCAAACUGUUCCCUUGCACCCAUAUCUCGUUGUCCGUUUUUCCUCACGUAACCUUUAGAAAUGCUAUAGUUAGUUUAAAAAAACCCUUUUGCUAUAUCUCAUUCUGAUUUCGUCCUGUUACUUAUAUGCUGAUAUUUUGCACGCUGUAUUGUACUCAUGCAAGUGAGCCUUUCAGUAUACCAAAUAUAACAAAAAUUCUGUAAUGCCAAAAAAAUUUUAUCGCAGAAGACGACAUUUUAACGGUUUUUGAAAAAAAUGAAAAAUACAGAUUUUUUAAAGUUUGUUUAUUUUUAGUGCACAAGAAAGUUCGAGUCACCGUCCUAUUUUUCCAACUACAAAAAGCAACAAGCUAUUUUAAAGUGAAUUUAGUACGCGUGUGUUGCCAUAGCAACGACUCGUGUGUUACUAAAACUGCCAUAAUUUGAAAGAAGAUUGAAAUAUUUAAAUACAUGAACUGCUACAUAAAACCUAAAAAUACGAUGUUCAAACUGUCAUAUACAGUAAAGCGCAAAUAAUGGUUGAACAGUUCAAUACUUUGGCAUGCAUAUAUACAGUAUAUUUAAUGCUUCCAGUGUCAACUGCAAUUUAUUCUGAGCAGAACGCGUCACUUUGAUAUGCGACCCACAGACAAAUAGGUAUUAUUAUAGAAAAGGUUAGGUGCAUACGAAUUCGUAUAGCUAUAUAUAUAUAUUCACCGCUUAAUAUUUCUCUGAUCUUGUCGACAACAAUGUGUAUAAUUUUUUUGGAAUAUUUACCAAAUUAAUUUAUAUAUUAAGAAUUAAUUAAUAUUUGUAGAUAAAUUUCGCGAGGUCAUUAUCUUCCUCAUCUGCAGAUGACCCUUGCAGGUAGGUAAUAAUUUAUUUCAUCAUUCAAUUGGCUUGAAAACGUUGAAUCCAACAUUUUUGCACUAUACAUUUUUGCACUACAUUUUUGCCCUAUUAUCCAACAAGCUGUCAAAUAAUGUUUUAUACUAUUGUUUUCGAAAAUAUUCUAUAAGCAAGUAUUUUUAAUUUGAAUAAAUCAAAUUAUCAGAAGAUUCAGUACGAAAAAUAUAAGCAGAAAAUAUUUUAAUAUUAAUGUUGCACGAUUUUUGGCAAACAUUAGAGAGUUUAAGCUUCGCGUUAUACGUCAAACGGCAAACUACAGGCAAAGAAAAAUUUUAGGGUAUCAGGUAAUAAUUAAAGAGUAAAUGAGGCUUGCUGUUUUAUAACUGCAAUGUAUCGUUAUUCUUUUGGCACAAGAAAGAAAAUAUGAAACGAAAACGUUCAACGAAAAUUUUGCCAAGAAAGUUCGAACCUGCCGUUUGCCGUUCCCGGAAACGUGAAGCUUAAACUCCCUAUUGUUCUGUCCGUUUGGACGGGCAUUAGAGACAUUUUCUCGAAUUUGGCCAUGUUGCAGAAUCUCACUCCCUUAAACUGAACAAGAUUCAUAUUUGCAAAUGAUGAAGCAAUCGCGGUAAUGUUUUGGAACCAAAAGAAAAUGGAAAAGUUAUUUGCGUAUACGUAGAAAGAUAAAUAAAAGCUCUUCAUUUUCGUUAAACUGCAUGACGAAGACGGAUCAUCCUCUUAGAUCUAAUAUAGAAUAUUGAUUUUAUAGGUAUAACUUUAGCUAAACUAAUGCUGUGUAUAGACAGGUUAUUUUCAUUUUUUGAUUUUGAUUAACGAUCAAUUUAUUUUUCCAGAGUUUGAUCGAUGAUGCUGAAGCAAACUUUUACAUCUUCACUGUUUUACUUAGUGCUACUAACCGAAAAGACGGAAAAACAAAAACAUCUAAACAAAACAACAUGUCAUCUACUGACCACCAAAACAAAAUGAUUUAAAAUUAACUUGUUAUGGAAGAAAACAGUAGGUACAAUAAUCAGGCAUACAGUAGAGGACAAAAAUGAAUGAAGUCACCACAUAGGGGAUAAUUCCAUUCUGCCUUCAUCUUGUGUCUUUAAAUUUAAGGCUGGUAACUACAUUUCUGUAUGUGUCCCCAAAUCUCUUGUAAGCUCCUGCAUGCCAACACGUUUUUCUUCGAUUUUCCUAUUAAACCCCUAUAUUGUUAAAAACGUGAAAUUGCAGGUUCAUUUAUAGAAAAAAUAACUUAUAUGAGUAUUAGAAAUAGCAGUCAUUAGAAAGCUUACAAAAAAUUUCAUAAUGAAACGGUUACCUUGAUUUUUCAGAGUUAUGAGCUUUUGAAAACAUGUUUCCAGACUAGUGCCCAGGAUAGUCUAUUUUUCACACUUUGGAACAGCAAUAACUCGUUUAAAUGGCUUAUAUGUAGUGUUUUGUAAGCUUUCUAAUGCUACAAGUUACUUUUUCUAUAAAUGAAUCUGAAAUUUCACGUUUUUUAACAAUACAGGAGUUUAGUACGAAAAUCGAAGAAAUUGAAAAACGUGUUGGCAGGUGCCCACAAGGCAUUUGAACGAUGUCAACAUACAGAAAUGUACAAGUUACUAGCCUUAAAGGCACAGUAUGAGGGCAAACUAAAAUUUCCCUUGCUCGGGUGAGUUUUCGCCUCCUACCUGCCUGACUAUACAUGACAGUCCAUGAUAGUAUAGUUGUUAUUUCACAUACACAUUUAGUAUAAUUACAUAGGUGAUUAUUGAAAAUUCUCCACGCUGAUUGGUUGCCGUUAAGGUGAUUAUAACGCGAUAAUCACAUGACGAAAAAAUUUUUUUUCUUCCAAAUAAUCACCUAUGGAAUUAUACUGUUAACAUUAUUCACCUCAGGCUCGGUGAUUAUCGUGAAUAAAAACCUCGACUUCGUCUCGGUUUUUAUUCAGUGGUAAUUACCUCGCCUUCGGCGAACAAUUGUUAAAUAACAUGCAUAGCAUGCAUAAUUUAUUCAUUCAUUCAUUCGUUCAUUCAUUCGUUGCUACAGAGGCGUAGCCACGCGGGGGUUGGGGGUUGAGGUGGGGCAUGACCUCUUAAUGUUUUCAUCUAUGACAUAAAAUGUACCAAACCUGUGUUUUUUUUAUUACCAUAAAACGUAUGAACUAGCGUUCCGUAUACCCUAAAAGCAGAACUAUUUUUCAGGGGACCAAUGCCCCUGGACGACACCCCUUGGCUACGGCCCUGUCUAUAUGUUAUUGACUGAGCUUGUUCGGUCCGGACUGGAGGGUAUGUAUGUCUUGUACAUAGAACUGGUGAGGUCUAUGAUGAUACGAACAAGAAUAGAACGAGCGUAAUAUUCUACUGCUCUGUCCGAACAAUCUCAGUCAAUAAGUUAAUAUUUAUUAUAUGGCUAAAGAAAGACCAGUCUUGUGUAUAUACAACUUAAUGUUACAUUAAUUAUUUAUAGUUUUAUUUACUGGAAAAAGAGUAGUUUAAGUUUUUUUCCGUAUUAAAGUGGUUUAUCUUAGCGGUUAGUGCAAUUUACCGACCGCUCAGGAACCAACCAAGAUGUUGCAUUUCAUUGCAGAUAGCGACGUGUUUUAUUAACUAGUCCUUAUCAUUUAUAAUCACAGCAACUUAUGACCAAGCUAUAGUCCAGUUUCGAGUGCAAUUUGGAUCCAGAAAAUGAUUUUGCAUUAAAGAUGCUGUAAAGUCCGUUCUGCGCAUAUAUUCUGCGCAUCAACACAUUCCAUCAGUGGGGGAGCAACCUUUGGAAUGUUGUUAAUAUUUCGCACCUUCCGAACUUUCUUGAAUUGAAUCUCUAGUCUGCAUUCAUUUACAAACAUAGCGAACCGGAAGAGUGUUAAAAAUUCAGUAUAAUAUAUAUCUAAUCAUAUUUUACAACUGUAGCACUGAGUUCAAAAUGUAAACAAAGCGUUUGUUUACAUUACGGACUUUACAUCACCUUUAAUGCAAAGUGAUUUAAUUCAGUUUGGGAGCUUUCCAUUAAACCUUAUUGGAGGAGUGAUUAUCGUUUCAAAUUGCACAAAACUAAACUAACGAGUACUGCAUGGCUAUAUUUUCAUUGACAAAGAAGUAAAUCGAUAUAAACAGCUAGAUUGUCUAUAGGAGUAUGUAUAGAUGAAGUAAGUUUGGUAUAAAAGACCAAACAACAAUAUUUGUAUUUUUUAAUUAAUUAAAAAAAUGUUUAUAU